AUGUGGAUGGUGGUGCUGGAGCGAGUGCUGGGAAUAACGACGGCGUCGAGCAGCGGCCUGGCCUGCGAUCCCGUCAGCGGGAACGUCGCCUAUCUGGCAGGGUGCGUCGUGGUCAUCCUGGACCCCCAGAAGAACACGCAGCGCCACAUCCUGAACAAUUCCCGGAACGCGCUCAGCGCCGUCGCCUUCUCCCCGGACGGGAAGCUCCUGGCGAGCGGCGAGCUCACGCCUCCGGCAGCAGGGGCAGCGGCCGGCCCGGAGCGGGAGCUGCGCGGGCACCGGCACGGCGUGGCCUGCGUGGCCUUCGCGCCCGACGCCGCCCUCCUCGUCUCCGUGGGCCACCAGCACGACGGCCGCGUCAGCGUCUGGGACUGGAAGGCGCCCCGUGCCGGCUGCGUGUGCGCCGCCGGCGACGUCGUCUUCUGCGGCGGCACCGGCGGCUCCGUCGGCGCCUUCCGCACCCGGGAUCUGCUCCACGUGGGAGACCUGCCCCGGCCCCGCGCGCCCCUCCGGCGGCCGGAGCGGGAGCAUCCCGAAGCCGUGGCCCUGGCCUACGACGCGCGGCGUUCCUGGCUCUCCUGCGUCUACGCGGACCACAGCCUGCACGUGUGGGAUGUGCGGGAGCUGGGCCGCGYGCGCGCCGUCUGCUCCCACCACUUCCACAGCUCCUUCGUCUGGAAUGUCGAGGUUUAUCCCGACCUGGAGGUGCCGCGAUCCUGCUUGCCGCCCGGCUCCUUCCUCACGUGCUCCUCGGAUAACACCAUCCGCACCUGGAAUCUGGGAAGCGAUUCCCGCCCGGACAGCGCUGCCGGCACCAGCCUCCUGAACAUCACCUACGUGGACAACACCCCCCCGCACCCUCCCGAUCCCRGCAACGCUCCUGACAACGGCGGCUCCCUGGACGGCAAAUCCGGUGUCCGCGUCCUGCGGAUCAGCCCGGACGGGCAAUAUUUGGCCUCGGGCGACCGCGGCGGGACCCUCAGGAUCCACGAGCUGCGCUUCAUGCGGGAGGUGGCCAAGGUGGAAGCGCACGAUUCCGAAGUGCUUUGCUUGGAAUAUUCCAAGCCGGAAACGGGUGUCGCGCUGUUGGCAUCGGCAAGCCGGGAUCGCCUCAUCCACGUCCUCAACGUGGCCAGGAAUUACCGGCUGGAGCAGACCCUGGACGACCACUCGUCCGCCGUCACGGCUGUAAAAUUCACYGGGAACGGCCAAGUCCAGCUCAUCAGCUGCGGGGCGGAUAAGAGCAUCUAUUUCCGGCAUGCCCAAAAGCUGGCGGAUGGGCUGAGUUUCGUCAGGACUCAUCACGUGGCCGAGAAGACGACGCUCUACGACAUGGAYGUCGACAUCACGCAGCGCUCCGUGGCCGUGGCCUGCCAGGAUAGGAACGUCCGGAUUUACGACACGGCCAGCGGGAAGCUGAAGGGCUGCUACAAAGGCUCGCAGGGCGAGGACGGGGCGCUCCUGAAGGUGCAGCUGGAUCCGUCGGGCACCUUCCUGGCGGCGAGCUGCUCCGACAAGAGCCUCUCCCUGCUCGACUUCCACUCGGGCGAGUGCGUGGCCAAAAUGUUCGGACACUCGGAAAUAGUCACGGGGAUGAGGUUCACGUACGACUGCAAGCGCCUCAUCACCGUCUCCGGGGACAGCUGCAUUUUCGUCUGGCGCCUGGCUCCGGAAAUCACGGCGCGCAUGAGGCAGCACCUCCGGGAGCUGGAGCAGCCCCUCCGGAGCAGGCGGGACACAUACGUGGCCAUUCCCAGCGGGACGGGCGCCCUCGGAGAGCCCUCGGACGAGGAAUCUGACGAGGAGGCCGGGUCUCCGCAGACGCCUUCCAAGGAGGACGCGGCUCCAGCGCCCAGCUGCCUCCUGACCAACGGGAAGCUGCCCAUGUGGGCCAAGAGGCUGCUGGGAGAGGCAGAUAACGCGGAUAGCGCCGGCCUCCAUUCCCGGAGGAGCUACCGGCCGCAGGGCAGGUGGGCCGAGCGUGCCGAGGAAAAUCCCAUCCGGAGCCUGCUGGGAGCUGAUCUCGGCUCCUUCACUCCCGGCAAAAGCGAAUUCCAGGACGAGCCGGAGCCCCGGGAUUUGGCGCGGCUCCUCUUGGAGACGGAGAUGUCUCCUGGCAGCAUCAUGGAGGACUCCAAAGAUCCCGAGUUUUUCUCCAGGGACGAGCUGGAAUCUCUGGAUGCCACUGGCACCAGCCUGGAAGAGGAGACGUGUUCCCGGGAGAGCUCCUUGGAGAGCCCCAGGAAUCGCCCUACGGAGCUGCCUGUUUAUCCGAGGGAUCCGGGAGAUGUCGCAGACAAAUCCCCAUCCGACGCCUCGCCGGGAACAUCCGCAACUCACCAGCAGCCGGAAGACGAUUCCGAUGGAGAUGCCGAAGGGGAAAAGGCUGCCGACAUCCCGAAUUCCGACGGCUCCCUGCCCCAAACCCCCGAGCAGGAGAAAUUCCUCAAGGAGCACUUUGAGACKCUGGGGGAUGCUGAAGAGAAAUUUGACGGCUCCUUGAAGGAUCUGAAGCUUCCUGAAGCCGGAGAGGAGGAAAAAUCCCUUUUCCUGAACCCGCGGUUGAGCAUCUCGGCCCGAUUCCUCCAGCGCUGCCAGAGAAGCAGCCGGCUGGCGGCCACGUUCCUGCCCCGCGCUCGGCCGCCGCCUCCGGACGACGCUCCAGAGCCUGGGAAGGAGGAUGCGGAAGCAGACCUGGAGCUCGGGAGGCCAGAGGAACUACCGGAAACGAAGCCCCAGGAAACAGGAGGAAAAACCGAUGCAGCUCCUUGCAAAUCAGGAAUUCUCCAGAGCUUCCAGGAGAAGCUGCAGCCGCUGCGGGCGACAUUCCGGGAGCUGCUCCAGCUCUACGACGAGCUUUCCCAGCUCGGGAAUGCGACGGAAGCGGAGCUGGAGCAGCUCCGGGCCGCCUUGGCCGGGACGUGCACCUGGAUGCGGGCGGAGCUGCGGCUCCGGGCGGGAUCCGGCGCCGGCUCCGGCCACUCUGACGCCGCCACGGCCACGGACGCUCCGAUGCCGCCGGAUGCCGAGACCCUGGCGCUGCUGCGCUCCUAUUCGGAAGCGCUGCUCCGCAUGGUGCGGCUCCGGCUCCAGGAGCCCGGCCCCGCCUGA